AUGGUCGAGGUGUUGGCUUCACUAGAUGCCAUCCAAAGAGAACUGGAGAACCCAGUCUAUCGCAGCAGUGGUUCCAUGCAGGUUGUUGGCAAAGUUUCGCCACAAGCUCUGCGGGUUCUAUCCGCAUGUGGCAUACGACAAGAAAAGAAAGGUUUCUCCAUGCGUGCCCAAUCGAGUUUAGAGGUGUUGCAGGCAGCCAUUGGGAUCAUUCGGCAGCUCUUGUUGUCCCUGGAGGAGGAUUCCUCCGCGAAAGCAGAGGCUACAGGGCGACAGCCGGUCGCACCGUCUGCUGGUUCGGGCGGCAGAUCGCAUGUCUUCUACCGGCAUGACGAUAGUGAGAAAGCGCAUGAUGUUUCGCCCGAAGCAGAGACUACAGACGCGGAAGUCUCUCGUCUUGCAGCAGGCAGCCCACGGUCUCCAGAAGAUGGGGCUGAGGUGCCAGCCGAGCAGCUGCGAUCGACUACUCCUUUUUCAGAACCCAAGGUGGUGUCCUUCGAGCGCUUUGAUGCUGCCAAGUUUCGGGUGACUCCUGCAGAAGUGGUGGGAAUCGAAAGGGCUUGUGCUCAGCGCGGCGAGACUUACGUGGACCCCCAGUUUGCCCCAACAGCAGCUUCUCUAUACCUGGCAGCAGCGGAGGAGCAUACCUGGCAAUGCCUGAUCUGCCAUACUCACAGCAGGCUUCCGCCAGUACCUCCGUUGGCGAACUCACGUGAAGAAGCUGCGCAGCAGGAGCAGGACUUCAAGACAGAAGUGCGUUGUCAAGGUUGUGGCCAGCCAGCGCACUAUGUCGUGCAGGUGCGAUACUUCACACGGCCAACGCAGUGGCUGAGACCUGGUCACGCCUGCGAGGGUUGCCAGUUGAUCUGGAGCCAGCUGCACAACGGGAACACCCUGGCUGCCACAAUGUGCACUCACUACCUCCGCGAUUCAGUGUCUCAGGCAGAUGGCCUAGAGCAUAUGUUCGAGCAGUCCUCGUUCAAGAAGAACAAGAACUCCUGGCGAGUUGCGCAGGUAGCUUCCAGUAUCCACCAGCUGCAAGACUUGAUGGCCAAAGCCUGUCUGCAGGCGAACACGACAGACGAGGUCCGGACCCUCGGCCAUGACUUCGAACAGUUUCUGGAGGAGGGCACAUGCCCAGGUCCAGCAAUGGUCUUGUUCGCCUCAGAGAUAGCAGAUGUCGAAACGAUCAGAGCCUUUCAGGAAUCUGCGGAUGAAGUAGACAGCUUGGCAUGCCUUGGAAUUCUCAACUGCGACGCAUGGAGGUCUAAAUGUACUGAACAGAAUAUCCGGCGCACCCCGAUGGUGCUGCUGUACCCGCGCGGGCCACGUGGUGGCAGAUUCUACCGGGGGCAGCAUACGAAAGAAGGCUUCACUGCAGCUGUUGCCAAAAUGGUGGCCUUCAACGACAGGACGUUGCACAUCACCGCCAACAACUUGAACAGUUUCCUUGCAGGACGGGCGCGGCCGAUAAAAGUAUUGCUUUUCUCUCGACGUCAGCGAACUCCGGUCAUUUUCAAGGCGCUAUCCAGUGACGAUGACCUCUGGCCACACAUGGAGUUUGGUUUCGUGCCUGCGGAGGAGGACAAUCAGAGAAAUCCUCUGCUUGAUCUCUACAGCGUCGAGUCCGUUCCACAGGUAGUUGUGCAGUACGGGCCGGAGGCAUCGACGAAGCAGGUCUACAUCAGCACGGAAAUUUCCUACCAAGCUCUGAAGGAAUGGCUGACGCUUCAGCGCUCGAAGCAUUGGCUGGGAAGUGCUUCAUGGAAGGAGGAAGAGGAGGACGAAGAAAUGCUGCUCGAUCAGGGGGAAGAAGAGGAGGAUGAUUCAAGCGCGGCCACAGCUUCAAGAUACGAACUGCUGGAGAAAGGCACUGCCGGCUGCCCGAUUGAUCUGGAGAUUGCAUCUGUCACUGAAUGCCAGAACGCACUGAAGGAACUCGGGAUGCGGGCAGACCCCACGUGGGUCUCCAACUUCCCAGAGCUUCCCAGCAAGUGUUCCGUGCGCACCGAACCGACGCAGCAGCAUCCAGAAAGGAUGCACUUCAACUCUUUCGUCGGGGGAGCUGGCCGGGAAGAUCUAUCUCCCGUGUGCAAGAAGGCCCAGAUGCGAGAAGCCGAGAGCUCAAAAGAAGCGAAAAAGCUUCAGCAGAAGAUGAAUCCUGGUCAAUUUCUCGAUCUGGAAGACCUGCCAUUGAAUGUGCAAGCUGUCAUCGAAAAGCUCUCGGGGCCCACGGCUGGCGAAGCGAGCCUCGAGAAGCUGGUGGCGAAGCUCGCUGAAGGUGUCAUGGCCAACUACAAGGAGAAAAAGGAAGAGGAGGCAUCGGCAUCAGAGCAGUACGAGUAUGUCAAGCUCCCAAAUGGAGCCGAGGGCUGUCCUUCCGGGGCUGAGAUCCCGACUUUCGAGGAGUGUCGGCAAGCCAUCCUAUCCAUGGGCUUGAAGCCCGACCCCUACUGGACGAACGCCUUCGAGGGUCUACCGAAGUUCUGCUCUGUGAGAGACCGCCCGCAUGAAACCGUGGGCCUGGAGCGCAUGCACUUCAACACGGCUGGCCGCGGUGCUGGACGAGACGACCUUGCACCAGUUUGCAGGAAGAUCGGCACAGCGGCCGGAGGACAAGCGGGUAAGCCGAAGGAAGCAGCGUCUGCGACAAAGGGCUCGCAAGGUGCCUCGUCAGCCCUGCCGGAGCUCAGCGGCCGAACGCAGCAGAGUUUCCUUGGCCGAGACAAGCCAUUAUGGUUUCUGGUGUACAUGAAAGAGGGUCCCCUUACAGAAGCAGAGGAAGAGAUGCUCCUGAAUGUGAAAGAUCGCUUCCAGCAGAAGCUCGACGAGCAAAGAAUUCCUCUGCAGUGGCUUUGGUUGGAUUUGCGUGCGGAGCGGGCCGUGCGAUCUUUGCUGGACCCACCGGCAAUCCCGUCUGCGAUGGUGAUCAAAGGUGGCAACAGCCCGAAGUAUGCUUUAGCCCAGCACGACGAGCAGGAUGACGAGCCUGUGCCAGCAGACGCCAACAGCAUAGAGCUGUUGCUCAACUCACUCUUGGGUGGGGAUGCGCGGUGCCUCGGCUGGCAAGAUGUCCAUGCGGAAGGACACCGAAGAGCCUUUCGCAUGUCUUGUGCAUGCGUAGAAGUGGUGUCCCGUCAAGCCGUCAAGCCCAUAUACCUUAGGACGACGGCACGGGUGUGUUGA